UUGUGUGGAAGUGGGUGGGGACAGAAGGUUGGUUUUUUGGUAAAUGAAACUGUAACUGUUAGUCAACACGAGUAAUUGUCUGUUUCAAUCAGAGUAGCUACGAAUAUAUCGCCGACAGUAUGGCCGCACUGCGCAAUAAAUCUGACCAAGAAAUCAAGGACCUGCUGGAUGAGUAUGGAAUUAAGCAUGGGCCUGUCGUUGACACUACAAGACCACUGUAUGAGAAGAAGCUGAAAGAAGCCAUGGCCAAAGCCAAGGUCACUGUGACAAAACCAUCCCCAGACAGAACCUUCUACAGAGAGGACAAGGAAGAAGUCACCUACGUUACCUGUCAGACACCAGUUAGAAGUGAGGGGCCUUCUGGAGAUGGGAAACCCUACAUGAGGUCAAGACCAGAGUACAGUGAGAGGGACCGGGUGGAUGAUAAACCCUAUUCAAGACCAGAGUACAGGAGAGGGACCGGGUGGAUGAUAAACCCUAUUCAAGAUCAAAACCAGAGUACAGAGAGAGGGACCGGGUGGAUGAUAAACUCUAUUCGAGAUCAAGACCAGAGUACAGCAGCGGAAGACAGUACAUUGAUGAGCCCCAUGUCUACAACACACCGUCGUCUUCAUCAUCCUACUCCAAACCAACGCCCGUGGUGAAGUCUGGAGGUGUCGUGAAGAAGGAAAACACGACGAGCUCUGGGAGACUGAUCCCUCUCUGGAUCCAGUUCCUGAUCUUCCUGAUCGUAGCCGGAUUCCUCUACUUCAUAUUCACUAACAUGGAGUCUGCAGAGAGUAGCCCCUUUAACAAAAUCCAAUGAUCAAAUUUACAAAUACAUGUCAAUGUAUUUGUGUUCAUUAGGCAAGAAACGGUCCAAAAUGGGGAAGUACUAUUUGAACUUGCGCUAUAAGAAUCGCUUGUUUUCUGUUGGACAAUGUUUUUAAAAUGUUUGAUUAACGUGUGUCCUAAUGAAUACGACCCAGUUUGCAUAUUUUACAAAUAUAUUAUGGCAUUUCCCAUGCCUGUUUUUAACUCUUUUUGCGUGUUCUUUAUAUAAGGUGACUGACAUUGGGUUCUGGGAACUUUACUAUUGGUGAAAGGAAAGCAGUAACAUUUCCUCCUGUCCCAACUCCUAUUGUAGUUACUAGAUGGUGAUGUGUAUAUAGUGUUCUGUUUAUCAUAGAACUAUCUUAGGGUGCUUCUACUGUGGGUAAUAGUGAAGCCACUUUUACUCACAGUACUAUCUUCAUCUUCACAAAUGUAGAGAGCCCACGGCCCACAGUAAAUGUAGAGCCCACAGUAAAUGUAUAUGAUACGGUUUAUUUGGUAUGAUUUGGUAAUGGCUAUUUGUGUAAAGGUCCUGACACAAUGAGCCAUCUAGUUGUUUAGUCAGCCAGAUGCAGUAUCCUCAUAUUCUCUCUGCAUUCUUGGGGGUAUACAGUAAUACAAAGCAGUACUGUAGCUUGAAAUGGGCAUGGGGGGGUCUAAUUGACUCAACAACCAAAAACACAUCUAAGUUUUAACUGGAAAAUGUCUAGUUAUUUCUGGAAGAUAGCUGGCUAACUCAUGGAUCCUGCAUUGUAGUAUACCCCUCAGGAGAACCUCACCUGGCAUUAAAGUUCUAAAUGACGUCACAAAAUUGUAAAUGACGUUUUAAAGUUCUAAAUGACGUCACAAAAUUCUAAAUGACGUUGCAAAAUUCUAAACAAGGCUACCAUAAACAGAUCCAUACCCCCCCC